UCCAGUCUACAAUGGUUCGCCAAGGCCGUCGGAGGCAAGGACUGAGAUAGCUGAAGUCCAGAAUAUCAGAGCCUCCAGUGCUCAAGCAAGCAUGGACAGUAGCGGUGGUUUUGGUUCUAUCAACCUAACGGCAUUCACAGAGGAGCGACAGGGAGUUUCAGACGGCCGCCUGAGUCCAUGGGACGACGACGAAGAAGCGAUCCCAGACGCAUCAGACGUGAGCGCUUUCAGUGGCAACGCCAGGGACGAUGGCCGCGGCGAUCUGGUAGCCAAGCUUGAAUGCUCGAGCUUCUUGGAAGAAUUGGGUCAAGAAAUGACAUCCUCAUACGCUGCCCAAGCCGGCGUCAAGGCAUCUGGACUCCUGCCCGAAGUUCCGAACGAGGAUAUUGCUCUAGGUGGAGGGAACAAUGACGUCGAGGGAGAGGAUUCUCAAAGUCCAGCACAUGACGGAGGGUCUCUGGUAGAGCCAUCUCAUGAGACCUCCGACACAAUUGGUGGUUCUGGGAUUCCCACCUUGAUAGGGGAUCUCUGCAGUUCUCCGUUGACGGCGCGCCCUACGACACCGGUACAUCUUUACCAGAGCCACAAAUCUCUGUACCGAACACCUUUGUAUCACCCUGGGAUCAAUGUCUUGUUCAUGAACAAACGGAAUGUUUGGGUGCACCAGCCGCCGAGGCCGUCUGCUCUGGAUUUUUGGCAGGUGCAUGACACAAUGAAGGAGGAAGGAGAGUUGAUGCUCCUCAGAACUGAGGCUAGCCUUCGUCACUUGUCUCAUUCGUGCGCCCACUAACAUGCCCAGUGCCCAGUGGUGGCGUGCCGGUUGCUUGAGCCGCUCUGAGGCAGCAUCUUUCGUACCAUGUCUGGGAGGAUAUGCAGCUCAGCUAAAGCAACGUCUGCCGCUGGUCUCAUGGAUGAUCAUGAAGGGGCGGCCAGGGCGGCUAUUGGCCCGAUAGAGAACAAAUAUAAGGAC